UUCAAUUUUAUUUUGGAAGAAAGUUGUUGUUUUUUUUUCACUUCGCCUAAUUUGUAUAGCAAAUAUGAAAAAUUGUUUCAAAAUGUUUGAAUUCAAAACACGGACUGCAUUUAUGGUGCUGCUAUUAGCUGUUAGUAUUUUUGGUGACAGUUUACCGAAUAUUUCAAAACAAAAUAAUUCAACGAAAACCAGCUCAUCAAUUGUUAGUGAUCAUGGAUCAAAACUUAUUCAACCUGUGCCAUUAGUAGCUGAACAUCCACAUCAUAUCAAUGUGCAAUCGGAGAAUUUCACAAAUUUAAUGCGAUUGGAAGAUGUGUUGAUGGUGUUCGAUUUGAAAGAAUUGGCAGCCAAAUGGUCGAAAAUUCAACCUGAAUUCAAAUCGGAUUGCGCACAAAACAUGAUCGAAUACUUCCGCGGACUACAACAACACAAAUUAUGGGCAAUAAAAAUGGAUGACGCUACUGGACAUUAUACCACCGGUUUGUUCUAUGGCAACAACUAUUGGAUUGGAUCAUUGUCAUCAUGUAAAUCUAUCUACAAAGAAAAUAUCGUAUCAAAUUCGCCAAGCAUAGCUCGAACUCGUCAAGCAAAAGAUGAGAUUUCGUUCAACGAUGCAUACAAUCCAGCGGCGGCUUCAUUGCCCCAUGAAAAUCCCCCAUUUAUUCCAGGUUUCUUUGUUCUCAAAGCAAAAAUCAAUGAAACCGAAAUUGUAAAAUACCCGCGAACAAUUCGACUUGGAGUGUGUUUACCAUCAACGUGUUCACUGGACGACAUUGCACACAUGGCACUUCUAUCACAAAAAUCGAUGGCUCAUCGUAGCAUGGAAAUCGCAUCGGUUCGAUCACCAACCCAAAAUCCAUAUGAAUAUUGGAAUGAUACAACUUUCAUCAUUCUAGUUACGGUGUCAUCGAUUGUCUUCAUCCUUAUGGUGGUUGCCACAUUAUAUGAGAUACAUCUUACUGCCCGUUCAAAACGAGCAUUGAAAAAUAAAAAUCUAAAUAAAGACGAAAUGGCGUCAGAUUCAUCAUCUGGAAUUGGUUGUACAACAUAUGAUUUGUCGAAUGCCGUUCCAAAUAAAAACGAUUUACCUAUUGGUAUUGUAAUUCCACGUGGAAUGAAUAAUAAUAAUUCGGAUGAAAAUUUGGCCGGAGGUUCAAUCAAUAUUGAAGAAAAAGAGUUGGGCGUUUGGUCCGAGUUGUUGUUGUCUUUCUCGAUUAUCACCAAUUUUAAUGCGAUCUGCGAUCGAAGUGUAGGCAGUGAUACGAUACCAUCAAUUCAUGGACUGCGUGCUAUCUCAAUGGCUUGGGUCAUUUUGGGUCACACGUGUAUCAUUGUAUUCAAAUAUGCGGAUAACAUGGAAUUGCGUAAAGUGGUGGAGAAAGAAUUCUGGUUUCAAACCAUUUCAAAUGCAACAUUUAGCGUUGACACAUUCUUCUUCAUAAGUGGUUUUCUCGUUUCGUACAUAUAUUUCCGAACCAAUGCCAAGGGAAAAUUGGAGAAACUUUCAAAAGGUGUCAAUGAAUUUACAGCAGGCACAUUCCAUUUCUUCGGUUUGAUUGGAUAUCGAUUUGUUCGGUUAACUGCACCAUAUAUGUUCGUUUUGGGUCUCGUUGAAGUUGUUAUGAAAUAUUUCUAUCAUCAUUCCGUUUUUGAAACACCAACACCAGAUCAUGAAAAUUGCCCAAAUUACUGGUGGCGUAACAUUCUCUACAUAAACACAUUAUUCCCUGUCGAACAAAUGUGUAUGCUUUGGAGUUGGUACUUAGCCGAUGAUACGCAAUUCUUUAUUGUUGGAGCAUUUAUUCUCAUCAUUGCCGUGAGACACUUUAAAGUGGCAUCGACGAUGCUCAUCGUGUUCAUGGUGUCAUCAUGGAUAACGACCGGCUUCAUUGCAUUCCAAAAUAAUCACAUACCGAAUACUGAUGAUCCACUUGCAUUGUUUGAUAAGAUUUACGACAAACCAUGGACACGUUUGGGUCCGUAUAUGGUUGGCAUGUGCGUCGGAUGGUUCUUAUUCGAAAAUGAUGGCAAAAUCCGUAUGAGUCGCACCACGCUGGUUAUUGGUUGGUUUUCGUCUAGUUUCUGUUUGCUUUGGCUCAUCUAUGGACUAUACAAUGUCAAAUUAGACCCAUUCACCGCAGCCGCUUACAGUUCAUUGAGUCAUUCAGCAUGGGCCAUGAGCUUGGCUUGGAUCGUUGUCGCUUGUUCAUCAGGUUAUGGAGGUUAUGUUAAUAAAAUUCUCUCAGCACCUGUAAUUUAUCCAUUUUCACGUGUCACGUACUGCGCCUACUUAGUGCAUCCAAUUGCAAUUCGUUUUGUUUCUCUCAAUUCGGAUGCCACACUACAUUUGGGCAGUGAUUCAAUGAUUGUAUUGUUCUUUGGACACAUGAUACUCUCGUUUUUGUUGGCAUUCAUAAUUUCAUUAUCAUUUGAGGCACCUGUUGUAACGAUGCUGAAAAUCCUCACACCAAAUCGAAAGAAAAUUUUAGUUGAGAGUCGGGAAUGAUGAGAUCAAUUUUAAUCAUUUUUCGUUAACAGGUUCAUAUGUAACAUUUUAUUGAGGCCAAUGUAUAGCAUCAUAAAUUCAUUUUUGAACAACAUUGCACACCAAUACUUACCACGUACUUGCCCUAUGAACAAUUGUAAUAAGUUACAAUCAUAAGUGGUGUGCCCAUAAAAAAGCUACUAAGAUAUGUUUGGUAUUUAAUACGCCGUCGCAAACUGUUCUCUUUUGUAUUUAAUUAAAUAGGAAUUCAUUUUAAAUUAAUUUAAAAACCCAAUUUACUGUAGCAAUCAUUAAUCAUAAAUAAUAUAGGUACGUUUGUAAGCUAUUCUUUUAAAAUAAAACCAUACGAAACUAC